UUUUUUUCUAAAUAAUAUUAAGUGUCUCAGAUCUCUCGAUCUCUCAUUCUCUCUCUUUUUCUCAAAUUUCGCAUCAAUUCGGGUUUUCUAGGAUAAGCUGGUGUUCUUUUUUCUGGGCUGUGAUUUUGUUCAUGAUUAUAAGGGACAAAUUGCAGCAACAAUUUAUUUGAACAGCAUGGGCCAAAGAAAUAUGAUAUGCCCUAGUCAGAUGAUUGAUUUAGAAAUGGAUCAGCGAGGCCAGGGAUAUCUCCAUCAUGAGCCCUGCAUCUUUUUGGGUGGCAUAACAAACUACCCACCACCUGAUAUCCAGAUGGCAGUCACAGCUGCAGGGAGCACAACUAGUCUUGAUACUCGUCCUUUACCUGAGCAUUAUGACAGCGGUAUGUUCUAUGGGAUCCCCCAGUACCCUGGUGUUCAGCAUCAUCAUCAUUCCCCAAAUCUUGAUCUUGGUAUAGGAAGUACAUCCAACUUUUACAUUCCCUACGUGACUACCCCUUCAUCCAGUGUUCCAGUAAAUUGUGGACCCACAGAUCAGAUGCCAUCUUCCAGCAAUUAUGAUCUCCUAGGAGUUUCUGUAGAUGAAUAUGGAAGGAAUUGCCACUUCAUGGAUAAUGUUAGAGGCUCGUAUAAGAGAAAGAAUUCUGAAGGGAUCCCAGGAAAUUUUCAGCAUUUUAAUGCUCCAUCAAGCUCCAAUUCCUCAAUUACUCAAUUAAACAACAGGCAUCCUGAUGGGGUUGGUGCAGUUGAUGCUGCAUCCUUCACAUUUCCCCAGUACAGGGGGAAUUGCCCUCCACCAGUCAGAGAAGCUGGAUCUCAAAGAAGCGUGAGGAACAGAUUAGGAGCAACUGCAAUGGAUCCUGUUUUGAUGCAUGGUGCUAACCAUUUUUUUCAAGGAAAUUACAUGGGUCAGCCCUUUCAGCCCACAAUAACAGAUGGAGGUGCUUCAGCUUGGACUCAGGCUCCUGGUGUUCCUUAUAUGCAUGGUAGCAAUGUUGGUGGACCUAUGGAGACUAGGCAUAGAAGUUCCACAAACUUUUCACAUUCGUCUCCUCUUGACAUUCGGAAUCAUAACUUCCAUCACCCUGCACCACCUAUUGAAGGAGUAAGAGGCCACAGCAUUAAUGUUCAUCCACAAGUAGCAGCAGUCCCAUAUCGCUUUCCAGCAAGUUAUGGCUCACAGAGCACCAUGAAUGCUUCACAGGAUGGUUUGGAGAUGGGGCGUAGGCAUCUAGGACCAAUUCCACCUACUGGCUUUAGGAUAUACCACUCUCGCCGAGAGGGUGGUGUUGUACCUGAGACAACUCUGAGACACCGCAAUCUUCCUCACCUGAGAGUUCUUCCACCUGAUGGAGUUGCUGUACUGGAGUUCCCAGAAUUUUAUGAAGAAGUAGGGAAUUUAAUUGAUCAUCACAGAGAUAUGCGCUUGGAUAUAGAGGACAUGUCUUAUGAGGAGCUGCUUGCUCUAGGAGAGCGGAUUGGCAAUGUCAACACUGGGUUGUCAGAGGAAGCCAUUACAAGUAAAUUGAAAACAAGAACUUAUUCUACAUUUGCCAUAAAUAUUAAUCUGGAAGAGGCAGCACCCAUCGACCAGGAACCUGAUUCUUGCAUUAUUUGUCAGGAGGAUUAUAAGAACCAAGAGAAAAUUGGAACUCUUGAUUGUGGACACGAGUAUCACGCAGAUUGCUUAAAGAAGUGGCUGUUCGUGAAGAACGUAUGCCCCAUCUGCAAAUCUGAGGCAUUAGCCACAGGGUCCAAGGAUGUAUAAAACAUGGGGUGACUUAAUCAAAGCAAAAGUAAUAAAUUACAUAAAAUGGUUGAUGGUGGCAGAAUCAACGAAGGAAGCACUCCCCAGAUGUCUUAUGACUAAUCUGUUUACUAUAAGUAAAUUGAUAUUUUGUUGAGUAUUUUGUACAUGAACUUGCAGAUAUCUAACAGACAGUCAAAUCAUUUAUUUGUUGGCUCUGUAAUUAUCAAACAAUUGUACAGACCCUCAUUAUGCACUCUCAUGCUGUAAUAUUAACUUUCAGCUAUAAUGUGCUUUUCCAUUACUUUUUCUUUUUCUUUUUUAAUUUUUUCUGUAAUAAUAUGUUGAAUUUGUCACA